AAUCUACCAGAGAAGAGACUAGUUACAAAGGUCAGUCAGUCGUCGGUGUUUAAACAUUUUUGUCGAUUCGGUUCGGUUCGGUUCGGUUCGGUUCAGUAUUAUAAAUCUUUGGUUUCGUGUAAGCUUUCUAAUUUUAACGAGCUAAAUCUGGCUCCUUUCCUCUUUUUUACAUCCUACCCGCCGAAGAACAAUGUUUGACUAUAUUUAACGUGUUCGAAACCAAUCACCUGUAGCGUGUCUUAUACUACUUAUUCGAUACUAACGAUAAAUCUUUAGUCUCGAACGCACGCUAAAGACUAUCUCCACGAUAUUUCAAUUGAUUUUAGUUUCGUUGAAAUAUUUAUCAUUUAUAAGGAAGCCGAAAAAAUUUUGUAGGCGAACGGACACGAAAUUAUGCUAAAUACGAGAGGCAUGGUGCGUGUGUCGGCCGGCUAAAAUAUCCGGCCACUGACAGUCACUUUUCAGUACAGGGAGGUUUGCUCCCCACCAUGUAUCUUGGUACUUUCAUUACUACCAAGAUAUUCAUCCGGAGGAGCCAUUUUUCCACCAUAGUCAGCCUCGUCGUUCUAGCUUAUUGUUGACCACCGAACGAGGAGGAACCACCAGCAGGUAGUUAGACAGAAGGAGACACUCGGGUCGUUUCUGGCUGGUCGAGGUGAAUCGCGUCUGUUCUUCUCGGGAAUUAUGAGAACGAGAACGAAAGAGGAGGUUCUUGAAGAAAUAUCCUCUAAAGUAGAAGAAGCUAAUCGAAAUUCUCCUUCUUCUUUUUCUUCUUCAUUUUUUAUUUUCCUUCAUUUUUUCUUUGAUCAACCUCGACCAGUGAACGUAAUAUUUUCUCUUGUUGUUGUGAUAUUUAACAAGAUUCGUUCCGAGAAGAAGAACGUUUCUAGAGGACUUGAGAGCAGUGAAGAGUUUCCAGCAGUGUACGAAAAAAAACACGUGGUAUUUUGAUCAUGAUCGCUCGGGAUUAAUUAAAUAUUCGAACAAUAUCAAGCAGUGUAAUACAGAGCAGUGUUUCGGUUUUUCAUAUAAAUACAAUGAACCGAUCGUGGUGUUGGGCCGUUUUGGUGUGGUGGCUCGCAGUACACCGGGCAAAGUCGUCCUCGAACGUUUCAGAAAAUCCUAUACAAGAUCUUCUGCCAAGCCAACGAACACAAAGUUGGACAGCAGGCGUUAUCGAAGGAAUUCCGAAGAAAAACUGGACUACCUUGUCAGAGGUAUUGGACAUUUUUAACGUGCACCACCUUGCCAGUAACUGGACCGAAGGGAAGCAUCCGGUCGAAGGACAAUGCGACAAAGAUGUGACAAGAUAUAUCGAAGGAUUGAGAAGAAACGAAGGAUGGGCAAUGAAAGUGGACGAUGCCUCGGGCAGAUACACCAAUGGUUUCUUCUGGGGAAACUCUUAUUACGUUGGUUCGUCAACCGAGUGCGCUUAUAUUAACGAAAACUAUAGCAGAAAAAUGAAAACGAACCACCAGCAAGAGGUUGAAGAACGGGACCUGGCGAAUACGGAACCGCGAAAAAGAAACGACGGUUUUAGUGGAAAUAAUCUCUGGAGUGAAACUAGAUCGGACAAAGCACCUUUCAAAUUGGGAUUUUAUAUGAUGACCAUUUCAGUAAACGUAUCACUCUCCUCUAUGACAAGAACCAUCUAUCUUGGAGUCUGUCUACCAUUUUCAUGCAGCGCUUCCGAUGUUUCCGUAAUAGCAAAAUUGGCCGCGAGUCAAUUAGCAACCAAACACUCGUCCAUCGAGAAGAUUCGUGAUCAACACGACAUGUACAACAUGUACGAGGACCCAGUCUUCUGGAUCUUAUUCGGUGUAAGCGCGAUGGUUAUCACUCUAAUGGCAAUUGGUACUGGCUACGACCUUUAUAUAACAAGAAAAUACACUCGUGGUAGAAACGUGAUGUACGAUUUAGAAAGGCACGCUAAACUAGAACAACUGGCUGUUGGAAAUGAAAAGCCAUUAAGUGGUAAGGUCUACCUUCCUGUUCCAGCAACUGAAACUAUCAUCAACGGAUCACAGUCAUUGCCGGUUAAUAACAACAAUGAUCACGAGGGUGGUAGCCUACGAUCGGCUAGUCCGCAAGUACAUCAAUUCGCGGUCAUCGAAGAACUGAUGCUUUCCUUCUCGGUACGCGGCAACGUGAACAUCAUCUGCGAUGACAAAGUUGGCGGUGACACUAUAAGCACUAUCCACGGUUUGAAGGCGAUAUCCAUGGCCUGGGUUAUCCUUGGUCAUACCUGCAUCACUGCCUUCAAAUACUCCGACAACAUGGAGUAUCGCAAAGUCGUAGAAAGGAAAUUUCUCUUCCAAACAAUUACCAAUGGAGCAUUCAGUGUCGAUACGUUUUUCUUUAUGGGUGGUUUACUCGUCAGCUUCUUGUACUUUCGAACGAACGCGAAAGGAGACUUGAAUAAAUUAACCCACGGUACCAAGGGUUUCAUAGCUGGGGGUCUCAAGUUCGUCGGACUUAUUAUGUACAGAUUCUGUCGAUUGACAGCUCCGUACAUGUAUGUUCUUGGAGUGGUACAAGUCGCGAUGAAAUGGUUUCAUUCCAAUUCUGUCUUUGAACCACCAACAGCUGAUCAUUACAAUUGUCCUAAUUAUUGGUGGAGAAAUUUCCUUUAUAUUAAUACACUCUUCCCAGUCGAUCAAAUGUGUAUGAUUUGGAGCUGGUACGUUGCGGAUGACACGCAAUUCUACACAGUCGGUGCCGUAAUACUAAUCUUGGCUACUAACCACUUCAAGAUUGCUACUUUCGCAUUGACCACUUUGUUACUUAGUUCCUGGUUAACCACGGGUUACAUCGCUUUGGUGAACAAUCAUAUGCCAAGCUCGGACGACCCGUUGGCAUUAUUCGAUAAAAUCUACGACAAACCGUGGACCAGACUAGGUCCCUAUCUCAUAGGCAUGUCGAUAGGAUACUUUCUUUUUAAGACUGAUUGCAAACUGAACAUGUCCAAGACGACCGUCUUCAUUGGCUGGCUUCUCUCUUCGGCAUGUCUUUUGAGCUUGUUGUACGGUUUGUACGAGACAGAACUUACUCCUAUAAUGUCAGCAGCUUAUUCCUCGUUAAGUCAUAGCAUCUGGGCGCUUGGUUUAUCAUGGAUCGUUGUCGCCUGCAGCACAGGCUAUGGAGGAUAUGUCAAUAGCAUUCUGUCGGCACCGAUUCUCUAUCCGGUCAGCAGGAUAACAUACUGUGCUUACUUGGUGCAUCCGCUCGUCAUUCGAUUAACAGCUAUGAAUUUGGACUCACCGUUUCAUUUAGGAAACUAUACUAUGAUGAUUACUUUCUUCGGCCAACUGGUGCUCUCGUACUUGUUGUCGUUCAUCAUCUCGGUCUCCUUCGAGGCCCCUAUUGUGAGCAUGUUGAAAAUACUUUCUCCCAAAAAACGAAAGUGCAUACAAUGAGGCAGUGGUAAAACAUGUCUCGUAAAACUAUUUGUACGUCUUUAUUUUAUGUUUUAAUGUAAUUAAUGUGAUGAAAAAAGAAAAAAAAAAA